AUGAUAAGUUUAAGUUUAUUAAAGAACAUUUUUUCUAUCCUAGUGAUAGCAGAAUUUGUUCUAGGAAAUUUUGCCAAUGUCUUCAUAGCCCUGGUGAACUGCGCUGACUGGGUCAAGAGCCAAAAGAUCUCCUGUGCUGAUCGAAUUCUCACUGCCCUGGUGCUCUCCAGAAUUUGUUUGCUCUGGUCAGUAGUAAUAAACUGGUAUGGAACUGUGUUUAAUAAAGCUUUCUAUAGCUCAGAAGUAAAAAUUAUUGUUCAUGUUGCCUGGGUAGUAAGCAACCAUUUUAGCCUCUGGUUUGCUACUAGCCUCAGCAUACUUUAUUUGCUCAAGAUAGCCAAUUUCUCCAGCCUUUUCUUUCUUCACUUAAAAUGGAAAGCUAAAAGAGUGGUUCUUAUGAUUCUUUUGGGCUCUUUGGUCUUCUUGGUUUGUCAUGUUGGAGUGGAAAAUUUAAGAUUACAAAUGGGGAUGAACAAAUAUGAAGGAAACUUCACUUGGGUGACCAACCUGCGGGGUAUUGUAUUCUUCUCAAAUAUAACUGUAUUCACAAUUGUACAUGUCAUACCAUUUACCGUGUCCCUGACAGCUUUACUGCUGUUACUCUUUUCCAUAUGGAAACAUCUCAAGAAGAUGCAGCUCAGUGGCAAAGGAUCUCAAGAUGCCAGCACCAAGGUCCACAUAAGAGCCAUGCAAACUGUGAUCUCAUUUCUCUUGCUAUUUAUCAUUUUCUUCCUGGCUCAGAUCACCUCUUUGUGGAAUUCUAAUACUUGGAAAAACUAUUUAGUUGCCAUGGUGUUUCAUGUCCUUGGACUUCUGUAUUCUUCCAGCCACUCAUUUAUCCUGAUUUGGGGAAAUAAGAAGCUACGACAGGCCAUUCUGUCAUUACUGUUUCAGCCGAGGUGCUGGCUGAAAGGAAGUAAGUGGGGAACCAUGUGUUUCUGA